AAGCAUACCAUCCCCCACACCAACACUCAACGAUUUUGGUAGAGACUCCUAUUAUGAUCUGAUCACCACCCGUUCCCAAUGACACUUUGCAGGAUUCAGCCGCCAAACUCUUAUUCUAGAGUACCAACAUGUGUGGGGAGCAGAGUUGUGCCAUGGUACAGGUGGUGAUGCGGUUAUGGAAGCGCUGGAAGCUUUGAGGAUGUGGAGAGGUGGCUGGAUGGAAGACAACAGCCCAAUCAGAUGAGAGCUUUUUGAGAGCACCAUCUUUGGGGAAUCUUCAUUCUAACCCUAUCUAAUAUUAGCUCGGAUCUCCGAAGCUAAGCUUUGUGCUUUGGACUACUAAAUUAUGACGCUGGCGUUCGAUCCAAAAAGCUUGUUGAUACAUGGCAAACGAAGAAAGCAAGACCAUUAACGGGCUUUGGCCUUCAUCCUUAUUCGAUUUCUUGAGUAGAAAAGCAACAGAACAAAGCUCCCCGCCGAACUUUCGGCCUGUUCCGAGUACGCUAAUAAUAGCUUGAUCUUGCGAACGGCACAGCCAGAUUGGUGAGGAUUCCCACUUCCCAGGAAAAGCAAGACGCGAUCAGCGCGGAGAAAGAGGCAUAACUCCUCUUCUUGGUUGGGGACAAUAGAAGCUUUCUACAGGCUGCACACUCAUCACAGUUCCAUGGUCAUGGCAGCGCGUGUGGGAGGCACAGUCGCUGACUUUCUUGCCACACCGCCUCGAGCGCUGCUGAGCUGAGGCUUCGAGUGUGCCCAUGGUGCUCUGCGCAGCGUAUGCCAGAUCUGUUCGAUUCAACGACGUUUCGACGCCGAGGGUCUUCCUCUUUGGCCAGAAAAUGCGGAACUUGACGUCUGAAACGCCAACCGCCGAGGCUCAAGCCAGCAACAGCACAAGAUUCGAGGAAGCAAUUUUGCUCACAGCAGGAGGCUGGGUUGCUGGGCAUGGCCGGGCUUCGCUUGUGGAAAUUGGUCUAGUUAACUGCAGGUAAGCGCUGUCGGGUCGCUUCUCGCCCCUUCGUCCAAUCAUUAACUCAGCUGGCCCUGUCAACAUCCAUCUCCGCACUCGAUAGAGUUAGAGUUCCAACACCUGCAUCUGCUGCUGCCAACGCCAUGGUCGCGUUCAUACGGCCAUGCAGCAAGCCACCACCAUGUCAACUCUCUCUCAGGAGGCCCUGCGUGCGCUCUUAUGUUCCGUCUGACUCCAGCAUUUCACGAUCUGCUUUCCUUUCAUUAUUACUCCCAUAAUUUUCGAGCCUCUUCCUCAGUUCUUUCGGCGUGGCAUGCAUUCCAUAGUAAAGCGUUGCGAAAAUGAGGAUUGCUUGUUUGCAGUUUGCCCCUCAGGUUGGUGACAUUGACAAUAACCUCAAUCGUGCCGACUCGGUUCUCAGCCGCGCGGGCCCUCAAGACUUAGAUUUGCUCGUCCUUCCGGAGCUGGCCUUCACUGGAUAUAAUUUCCGCUCAUUACACCAUAUCAGUCCUUACCUUGAGCCCACAACAUCGGGCAUUACAUCCUUAUGGGCGAGGACAACAGCCCUCAAAUACAAUUGUAUCGUUACAGUAGGCUAUCCGGAGAAGGUGGAUUUGAGUCCGAAAUGGCCGGCUUCGCCAGAGUAUUAUAACUCUGCUAUCACAGUUAAUGCGGACGGUGAAACUGUGGCGAAUUACCGCAAAUCGUUUCUCUUUUAUACUGACGAGACUUGGGCACUCGAAGGAACCGAUGGGUUCUUCGAUGGUUCGAUCGAAGGCCUGGGAAAAGUGUCAAUGGGAAUCUGCAUGGAUCUCAAUCCGUACAAAUUCGAAGCAGCUUGGAAUGCUUGGGAGUUCGCCCACCAUGUGCUGCAUCGCGAGUCCAAUCUCAUAAUAUUAUCCAUGGCAUGGAUGACUCGUGAGAAUGGCAGAUCAUUCAGUCGAACUCCGAAAGAUCCUGACAUGGAUACCCUCUCGUACUGGUUAGCGCGACUUGAACCGAUCAUUAGAAACGAAGGCGAGGAAGAGAUAAUUGCAAUCUUUGCAAAUCGGACAGGCACCGAAGACAAUGCCGUGUAUGCGGGCACCAGUGCAAUUCUCGGGAUUCAGGCUGGCGAGGUCAAGGUGUAUGGAAUACUUGGUAGGGGAGAGAGAGAAUUGCUCGUCAUCGACACAUCCGAGAGACCGAAAAUGCAACUUGUUUCUGAGCCGAGGAUAUCAACUCCAUUGGCAAAAGCGGCCACGUUGUCUCAGGACAAAACCAGUGCCAGCUUUUCCAGAGCAGCCGUCAAUCCAACUCUCGAUGAAGUUGCAGACUCAGAGAGACUGUCCACCUCAUCGGACUCCGCUGCCGGUGACCAGAGCUUGACUGGCAUUUUGUCGAUUUCCACGGGACGCACAUCACUCGACCCUCCUCCCUUGGAUCCUUGCUCGUUCUCUCCAGUCUCUCCGGUAGACAAGCAGGCGUACUUCCCGAACAAGUCUGGGACGGACUUGCCAGUUGUAGAGCAGAAGCGGAUGAAGGAGAGGUUGCCCACCCCUAUCCCCGCCGAACCAGAUACAAGGCCAUCGGUUCGAAGGUAUCCUACGCCCGUAUCAGUUCCCUCGGUCCAUUCAAGACCCGCCUCCCCAAAGUCAAGAAACUGUAGCAGAUCACGAGGAGCAGUCUCUACGUUGCAAGAUUCACCUCCCCUCAUUGGAACCAUGUCUCUGCUGGGCAAUAUCCUCAGUGACGAGGAGAGACUCAAAGAUUCUCCUAUAUUGAGGAGUAUCAGCAUGCUUGGACAGGGAAUCGAUUUGGACUUGACGGAUGAUGAUCUCGACCCCAAUGAGAUCAUAUACAUCGAAGCCCCGGACUCUCCUCCGUUCGAGAUUUUGGUCGACACCAUCCUCAACAACAACCCACGGAUCAGCCGUGCAGACUUCAUGGCAAAUCACAUCAACAACCAGCCAAUGCAUUUACCAUCAGAUCCAGCUGUCGCCAAAAUCCACCCAGAUUGCAAAACCACCGAGACGGUUUUGGUGGACAGUGCAAGAAGCAGAACGCGCGACGACUCAGAUAAGAAUAAUACACCAGAGCUGUCACCUGCGUCUGCUGCUGAUUCUUCGCCAUCUGCCAACAGUCACUGCGACUGCGAUCACUCACCUCCAACCCAACCGGCUUCCGCUGAUCCUCCACAACGGCGGAACCGUGCAGAAACAGGAAGAGAUGACAAGGAUCAAUGGCUCUUCAAUCCCAUUAAUCUGUCGCAACUCGAGUCAUCCUUUACCAGAAAUCCGCUGGGGCCCCGAAGUCUUCACAUCACACCUCGUCCGCUCAGUACCAUGUGGUAG